AUGUCGAGAGCUCUGAACAAGCACAUCAUAGCUGCCCUGAAACAAGGCGACCACGAGAAAAUCUUUAACGACAUCUCUGGGCUUUUUGCGCAGCCGCAAGAUGAUAAUCUCCUCGAGAUCGAGAUUCUAGGCCAGGGCCAUCCAAUGGGUCCAGACGAGAUCUUUCUACGAGACGAGAAUGCAGUUGCGAUUCCCAAGCUGCGCAUCGUUCAAGCCUUUCUCUUCGCCAGACAAAUCCUUCAGAAGCACAAAGCCAAUGAUUCUUCUGCGGUGGGACGAGAGCAGCUGAUAGCUGCAACAAGCGUCCUACUUCUGAUGGACCCUGAGCACCUCACAGCCGCCAACACCAGAAAGCGUCUUCUUUCCGAUGUGGUCUCCGCGGGUGACACCGUGAAGGUGAAUCUAGCACGGGAGAAGUGGUUCGUGGAUAGUCUACUCACCAGCCGACUGCAUCGACACACAAAGUCACCAACGUUGUGGAACCAUCGACGCUGGCUGUCGGAGCGGUACCGUGAUGCCGGGCUUCCCGUCGUGGUCCAACAGGAUGUCGAGACGGUUGUCAUGAUGGCUGGAGAACGACAUCCUCGUAACUAUUAUGCAUGGACUCAUGCCCGGUGGUUGACAAAGACGUUUCUGGCCGUUUCCGAGCUCGACGUGCUUGUGUCCCUGAUUCAGAGUGUUAAGAAGUGGUCCUUCAGACACCAUUCAGAUAUUUCUGGCUGGUCCUUCCUCGCGCAUUUGAUUGACAGGCUAGGGAAGGACGACAGAGGGACAGUUUCGUUGGUCUAUAAUGAGACUUUGGGUUUGGCGGAAUCUCUCCGGUGGUGUAAUGAGUCAGUCUGGUGGUUUCUACGCACCAUAGCAUCUCGGCCAAUAUUAGGACAAAUCGAUAGAGAUAGGUUCGUGAGUGUUCAAGAGCGGCUGGCAGCAACCAGCACCGACGACUCUCUCGAAGCCGCAGUACUGAGGAUGGCACGGACAUGGUGGGAUGUGUACGGUCAAAUGGCCAGACAGUCUGUAUAG